ACCACACAAAAAAUAAUUAACAAGGCUGAAGCCGCUCAUUCAGUACGGCGACAUAAGCAAAGCUGACCGCCAUUUUUCCUUUCCAUUAUCCCAUUAUACACUGUGAAUGCCAACAAUAUUCUUCUUAUCUUUAAUUUGCUUUAGAAUUUAGAAUGACAGGACUACAUACUAUCUGGUUUAAACACUUAGAAAGUCAAAAUCUUAUAGAUAACCCAGAUACAAUUUUAUUCUCUGGUGGAUUAUUUCUUGACCCAUUAAUUCCUUCUUCAAUUACCACCACCACCACUAAUUACCUAAAAAUAUCAUCAAUUGAUGAUUCUAAUGAGUUACAUUCUCCCAUUUGUCGUCGUAGACCAAAAAAGAGUGUUCGUGCUGGUUUUGGGGGUAAUUUUUUGUGUUUGAGUUUGUCAGCCAAGAAGAAUACAAAUUCCAGUGAAUGUUUGUUGAAUAAUGGAGAUGUGAGUUCAAAGGUGGAGCCCAGUAAGCGAAUUAUUGGGUUACGUGGACGUGGUGCGGUUAACACUACUAAACAUUUGUGGGCUGGAGCAGUUGCUGCCAUGGUGUCAAGAACUGUUGUUGCUCCACUUGAAAGACUAAAGCUGGAAUAUAUAGUUCGUGGUGAACAGAAGCACCUGUUGGAGCUCAUCAAAACAAUUGCAGUUACUCAAGGCUUGAGAGGCUUUUGGAAAGGGAACUUGGUCAAUAUACUUCGUACUGCUCCUUUUAAGGCAGUUAAUUUUUGUGCUUUUGACACAUACAGAAAGCAACUCCUAAGAUUAUCAGGAAAUGAAGAAACUACUAAUGUUGAGCGGUUUGUUGCUGGUGCCGCAGCUGGAGUGACUGCGACAGUGAUGUGCUUACCACUGGACACUGUCCGGACCAAGUUAGUGGCACGGGGUGGAGAAGCCUUGGGUGGUGUCGUUGGAGCUUUCCAACACGUGAUCAGAACUGAAGGAUUCUUCUCUCUUUAUAAGGGACUAGUACCCUCCAUUUUGAGUAUGGCCCCAGCAGCGGCUGUUUUCUAUGGUGUAUAUGAUAUAUUAAAAUCAGCUUAUUUGCAUUCACCUGAAGGCAGAAAAAGAAUUCUGUAUAUGAAGCAACAGGGGGCAGAGCUCAAUGCUUUUGACCAGCUUGAGUUGGGACCUGUGAGGACCUUACUUCAUGGUGCUAUUGCUGGUGCUUGUGCUGAAGCUGCAACCUAUCCAUUUGAGGUCAUUAGGAGGCAACUUCAAUUACAAGGCCGAGCAUCAAAACUGAGUUCCUUGGCAACUUGUGCGAAGAUCAUUGAACAUGGAGGUGUUCCAGCUCUAUAUGCAGGGCUAAUUCCUAGUUUACUACAGGUGUUACCUUCAGCCUCCAUAAGCUAUUUCGUCUACGAGUUCAUGAAGAUUGUUCUCAAAGUAGAAUGAAGGACAUCUGUUGCUAAGUAGUGAGGUACAGCAGCAUUGUAUUACAGUGUUAUUCAUCACUUUUUGUUAAAGAGGUAGGAUCUAGUUUGUUGGACAUGAAAGCUAAAAUUUCUCUAACACUUGAUGAAAUUCUUAGCUUAGAUUUAGGCUCACAGACUAGACUCUAUAGUUUACUCUUCUCUGUCCCAAAAGAAAAAAGUUUGUCAAACACAGGCUGGUGUGCUACUGAAAAAGAAAAGAUUUAUCAAA